AUGGACGACUCGGCCACAAAGCUCAAGGAUAUCUCCGAUCAACCCUACAUUGAAAUCUCCCAGGUCGAUGACGCUUCGGCCGCCGAUGGACAAGACGCCGAGCCCAGCCCCGAGUCCGCAGGCGAUCCCGGUGAGAGGCAACAGAACCCCCCGCUUCCCGAAGGUAAACCCGUGAUUCUCGGGACUGAUGCACGACUAUGGACCUCGUUGGUCCACGUACUGCCGUUGGCGACCUCAGUCUUUCUUAUCACCAUAAACAUACGCAGGCUAUAUUGGUUCGAUGAGGAAGGUAUUAGGUGGCUGCAUCUGAGCGCAGAUAGCGUCAGGAACGUGCUUCAGCUCGCUGCCAAAGUCUACGAGUUGUUGGUCAUCGCCUCGCUUGGCGCACUCACGGUGAAGGUGUUCAAGCGCCAACUUAUCGAGUCGCAUCUUCCUCUCGGCCUAUUGACUGGCGCCUACCGCGUUAGCGACAUCCCGUACGUCUUUGGCGGUUUCUUUUGGCACGCAUUUCGCGAGACUUCCUGUCUCCUGGCCCUCCUGCUCUUUGGUAAUACAAUCCUCUCCACGCUCGUCGGCCCAUCGUCAGCGAUUCUCCUUGUGCCGGAGCUGGACUGGUAUCCACUACCCGGUGCUUUCAGCAAUGUUCACCCUGUCUUCUUUUACAACUUACCCACCAACUCGACCUGGCCCUACGUGGUGAACACGAAUCUGUCGGAAACCUCCUCCGAGUGGAUCUCCUUCAGGGCGCCAAAUGCCACCGAACAUCAUCCGGUACUAGCAUCGAUGACCGUACACUACCGCGGCGGGAGUGAUCCGGAUGCAGGAGGGUGGGCUGGCGUAUGGGUCUUUGCUUGCGGCAUCAUAGCGCACUGGAUGCCCGCGGCUUUGUCCGUCUCACCCAGGGACACCGAUCUUGUCCAGAGCAACGUUACGGACUUCAUUUCCGGGAUGAAGCAUUACAACCUCAGUCCGCUGAUCGUCUCAGCCGGACCCGCCAUCAAGUUUGAAGAAGACUGGCUUGAUUUUCUGGCAUUGAAAGUCAACGUCUCUGAGACACCCUCCGGUAACAUUACAGGAUUCAGGCCAGUGCUGUCCAUCUUCAAUGGUUUAUUGGGGGAGACGGGUGUUUUCCUUGAGCCUGCUGGCAAUCAGAACGUGGACUCGGGCCAGGUUGAUCCUGAGCAGAUCCGCAUCAACCGGUUGAGGGCCAAGAGCUACGUCCAGAAGGCCUUCACCGGGAUUGUGACCGAGGCUCUAGCUCGCAUUGCAGGCAAGUCACGAAGCUACGUGGUGCGUUCGUACGACAACGCCGCUGUGGUGGUGACCGACAUUGGCACCCAGGCUGUCGGCCAGAACGAAGUGGCUACCUGGUCCGACGGCAGGCCAUUUAUUGAUGGCCGCUACCGGAAGCCCCUUUUGAUGAAGUUCAACGAGUCCAUCUUGAGCCACCUCGAAUAUGUAUCGUCCGAUGAUCGGCGCGAGUUCGUCGGGUAUUACAGCAGCCCCCAGGAGUUUGUCAACAAUCUCUCCGCCCUAACGCACCUUGAGUUCGGUGUCGAAAGAUACGGCUACGGAUCCGGCAGGGGCGGGCCAACGAUGACCUUUGCCCUCGCCGUCAUCUACACGUACAUGAUCAUCUUGGGGACAUACUUCCUCUACGUCAUGGUGGUGUCUAAAUUCUGGCUCAUGUCGGACAUUCCCACCAUCAGUGCGUGGGGCGAUAUGGCGGAAGUUGUGUUGCUCGCGUGGAACUCCAAAUCGAGUCCCGCGCUGAGCCGGACGAGCGUGGCAGUCGACAAGUCGAGGUGGCGGGUCGAGGUGGGCAUCCGGGCUGACGCGACCGGACGGGCGCAGCUGGUGACUAGCAACGACGGCGUUGAGCGACUGAGGAGGAACGAACUAUAUCACUAA